GGAACUUGAUAUCAUAAACAAAUAGAAUUGUUAUAUUUUAUUGCAGAGAAUACUAGGGCUUGUAUGUUGGUUACAAAAAAGGAACCAUGUUAACGAUUUGGUUUAUUGCUGUAGUUGUACAAGUUGUUUGCAGCUUAGAUCCAUGUACUAAUAGCAUUGAGAUAAAUAACAAGUACAGGAGCGUUGAAUACCACUACUCCUUAGAUGCAGCCCACUUUGAACCUAUGGUAUGCGAUAUGCAUUUACAACCAGGCUGGUACAGAUUUACUCAGGGCUUAAACGGUUCAAUGCCUGUCAAGAUUCCGACUACUUGUGUUUCUGAAUAUCAUUGUGGUACACAUGCGCCAUUUUGGAUGAAUGGAACGCAUCCUACUGUUGCUGACGACAUAGUGGUGAAACAGAUUUGCGGUUCCAUUUCAAUGAACUGCUGUAGAUACGAGAGCACAAUAAGAGUAAAGAAUUGCGGAGCAUUCUAUGUGUACGAGUUGAAACCAACAAUUGGAUGCAGUAUGGCGUAUUGUGCAGGUACUGGUGUGCCUUGUUCACGACACCAAACGUCACAAACUGGGUACCAACCGGGAUGUAAAGAUAUAAAUGGCGGUUCUGUCAUUACCGGGUGAAAAAAAAUGUUGUACAUCUUACUCUACCAUCUGAGGAAUUUUGCAAACGCAUGAUAUACAUGUAUAAUAAACAAAUGAUAGCAAAACCUUUAUUCCUAAAAUGUGUGGUUUUAUCCUUACGUUGAUCAGAGUUAUUCAUCUUAAUAAUCACAUAAUUAUGUAUUACAUUUUAACAUUUAUCAUUGAAGUUAAUGAAUUUUGAAGUUAUGAUGUAAUCUACGAAACUGCAGUUUCUAUCUUGAUAUAGAAAAUAGGAAAAUGGGGAAUAAUAAAGCCGGCUAGUGUGGAAAAAGUUUGAAAAUGCUGCAGCCUCGUUUUUAAUGACAUGUGUAACAUGGCAAUGUUACAUGUAAAACAACCGAUUACACAUUCUAUCACGGUCUGGAACAGAACAAACCAUUAGUAAAUAUCAUUGUCGUUUGAUUCAGAAUUUAGUAGCAUAAACAGUUGUGUUCAUGCGGCAAGAAUCAUGGUAACUCCAAUAUGACACUUCCGUUACAUUGUAUGAAUAACGGCAUAUUGUCACUAAGAGAUAUGUCUAACGGGACGACAAA